UCGUUUCCUUAAAUUCUAACAGUACCCAAAAUUCAAAAAAUAAAUAAGGAAAACUGAAAACCCAUGUUCAAUUCGUGACAAUUUCUCAAUCUCAGAGAUGGAUUUUGAUAAUAUGAAAAGGAAGGAACUACAAGCCCUAUGCAAGAAACAUGGAAUUCCUGCAAAUUUAACUAACUUGGAAAUGGCCAACAAACUUUCUUCAAUUUUUAAGGUAAAUGAUGAAAAGCCCUUAACUCAAGGGCGGUCAUGUUUAAAGGUUUUCGAUGAGACUGUGGAUGAUAGAGAGUCUGAUGUUGUAGAUAGGACACUAAAGAAAGUGAAGUUUAGUCCUGACGAUGAAAUUUUCGAGUUCACUAAAUUGGUUGAAGUGAAAAGUAGAGGGAGGAGGAAGUCCAUGUUGCACAAUAACAGCUUGAGCGUUAGGAGCGAUGGUGUAAAGAUAGGCAUCUUGGAUAGUCCAGUUAGGGUUACGAGGUCGCGGGGUAUGAAUUCGGAAGAUGGUGUUAGUGAGAAAAAGGGAAGGACAAGGCGUACAAAAGAUAACAUACUUUUAGUGAAUGAGAGUGAGGAUGAAGUUGGAAUGAACAAGAGAAGAUCUUUGAGGAACAAAGAUGUAGUAUCAGUACAAGAAAGAAGGGAGGAAAAUGAGGGUGUGAAUGAAGGUUUAAGGACGAGUAGAAGAGUAAAAGGUGAGAUAAAUGCUAACAAGAGUGCAGAAGAAUUGGAUAAAAGUACGAGUGAAAAAGAAAUUGAUAGGGCAGAGAAGAGGGACAAGAAAGUCACGUUUGCUAGUGAUGAUCAGAUAAUGGAGUGCAUGAAAGCUGAAACGAAAGCCAAGGAGAUGAAAAGAGGAGGGAGAAGGAAAAAGAUUGCUCAUACUCAGACCUCGCAUGUCCCAAAUGAGGUUGAUGCUAAAGUAAGGGAUGAGGUUUUGGAGAAGCCAGCAGAACGGAUAACAAGGUCUCGGAACUUGAAAUCAGUUGAGGAUGAUGUGAGUAACAAAAGGAACCAAACGAGGGGUAAGGAAGUUAUUGAGAGAAAUGUAAAACUGCUUUGUACAGAAUUUGUCGAAUCUUCAGUUGAAGCUGCCAAGAAUGAAGUUAAAGUAACCACAAGAAGGUCUCAGCAGAAUAAUGUGGUGGAGGAGGCAUCCCAAACGGCUUUGAAGAGGUCAAAAAGGCAAGCUACUAAGGCGGAGGGUGCAAGAUUCACAGUUCAAGCUGCCAAUGAUGAAGUUAAAGCAACCACAAGAAGAUCUCAGCAGAAUAGGGUGGUGGAGGCGGCACCUCAAAUGGCUUUGACGAGGUCAAAAAGGCUACCUAAUAAGGUGGAGGGUGCAAGGUUGACUGAUGAUAUUUCUAAAGAUAAGAUGGUUACUAGGGACAGGACUAGAAAUCAGUCUAACUUGGUUGUAGAAGCUUCGACAUCAGAAGUGGUUCCUCAACUUGAUGAACAGGUUGAAGUUCCUCUUAGAAGAAGCGAUAGGCGCAAAUCUAUUUUUCCUUUGGAGAAAUUGAGAAGUGAUGAGGCUGUGGCUGUAAAGGAGAAAAGAAACUUAAACGUUAAUGAUGACGAGAUGGCGAAUAAAGGUAAAAAAGGCGAACCCCCGAGGGCAUUGAAGCGGUCAAAAAGGCUUGCUACACAAGUGGAAGAUUCAGUAUUGGCGAAAGAUGAUAUUGCUGAAAAUAAAGUGGUUGAUAGAGGCAUGACAGCAAGAAACCAAUCUAACUUGAAAAGAAACGUUUCUUCAGUGGAGACUCGGUGUAAAACGGACAGGCCAACUGAGUCUCAAGGGACUGUUGAAGUGGGUAUCACACUUGAAGAACCGGGAGAAGCUCCUGUCAAAAGAAGUAAUCGGCGCAAAUCUGUUGUUCCUUCUUUGGAGAAAUUAAGAACUGAUGAAGUUGCAGCCGCAAAGGAAAAAAGAAAUUUAGAUGCUAAUGAUGACAAGGUAAGGGGUAAAAGUACAAAAGAAGAACCCCAGAAGGCAUUGAAGAGAUCAAAAGGGCUUGCUCAACAAGUCGAAGAUUCUGUACCGGCUAAAAAUGAUAUUGCUGAAAAUAAAGUAGAAGAGAGGAGACGCUCUGGAAGGAAUGCUGCUAAAGCCAAUGUAGACACCAAGAUAUUGGACGGUUCAGUGCCAGAAGAAAUUGCAGUGGUAAAAGAAGAGGGGAGACGUUCUGAAAGGAGUGCUGCUAAAGCCAGUGUAGUCACCAAGAUAUUUGACAGUUCAGUGCAAGAAGAAGUCGCAGUGGUAAAAGAAGAGAGGAGACAUUCUGAAAGGAGUGCUGCUAAAGACAGUGUAGUCACCAAGAUAUCUGACAGUUCAGUGAAAGAAGAAAUUGCUGCGGUAAAAGAAGAGCGACGGCGUUCUGAAAGGAGUGCUGCUAAAGCCAAUGUAGUCACCGAGACAUUGGAUAGUUCAGCGCAAGAAGAAAUUCUUGUUAUGAAAGAAGAGAGGAGACCUUCUGGAAGGAGUGCUGCUAGUCUCACUCUUAUAGCAGUUUCAGAUGAAAAGAAGGGAAGUGACUGCACCGCUGUUCCAGAAAAAAGUUCUACCAAGAACAAGUUCGCCCUGCAAGAUUUAGAUGCUCUGAAACAGUCCACAAGUAGAACAAAAAUAAAUGUGGAGGCGCCAGCAGUUGUUGAAAAGACUAGUACAGCUGGAAAGAAGCAGCAGAUAUCAAAUGUGGAAGUAGAAGAUCCUACAUCUGAGGAUAUGGAAGUAGUGAGAGAGUCAGACAGUAAAGACUGUGAUAUCUCAGGGUCAGAAGGUGCUACGAGCUUCUUAAAAUCAGGACUGAAUGAGCUUGAAGCUGUUAAAAAUGAUGUUAAUAUAGUUCUCGCUGGAACCAAGGCUGAAGCAGUUGCUGACUCUAGCACACUAGCUGAAACUUUGAAGAAGAAAGGACUACUUGUAGAUGCAAAUGCUUCUCCGUCUGAAAAUAACUCCACAUUUAAAUGCCCUCCAUUCAGUGAUCCAUUCAGCUCCAAAGCUAGACCCGACGAGAACGCAGUUGAGCAACUUUUGCAGUCUGACCAUGAAGCGCCUGCAAGCAAAGGCCUAUGUCCUAGUUCUGUUUUGGCUGAUGAUGCAAUUCCAAAUGACAUAACUUCUGACAAACAGGAGCACGGUGCAAUUGCAGCAGAUGAUGCAGAAGAAUCUGAUACUGAAUUAUCUAAUGAAGUUAUUGAUAACUCUUCACUAUGCCAUAGUGAUAACAUGGAAGAGAACCUUGAGUCUGGCCUUAAAGAACAAUCAGAGACUGGAUGUAUUGUUGAUGAAGGAGUAACUUAUGGUGAACAGGAGCCUGCAAGCAAUUUGGCUGAUGAUGCAGUUCCAAAUGACUUAACUCUUGACAAAAAGGAGCAUGGUGCAAUUGCAGCGGAUAAUGCAGAUGAAUUUGACACGGGUUUAUCUAAUGAAGUUCUUGAUAACUAUUCACUAAACCAGAGUGAUAAUAUGGAGGGCAACCUGGAGUCUUGUUUCGAAAAACAGUCAGAGACCGGAUUUAUUGUUACUGAAGGAGUAACUUCUGGUGAACAGGAGCUAACUGUAACGGACUAUGCCAGAGAGUUUGAUGUGGGGUUGUCUAGUAAUGUCUCAUUGGACAGUGUAGGUGCUUUCAAUCUGAGCAAUGAGAUGGAAGCUAAAAAUUCUGAAUCUGGUCCUCCCAUGGAAAAAGCAGCAGCUGGAUUUAUUGCUAAAUGUGAUGGAGAUGUACCUACCUUCACAACUCAAGGUGAAUUGCAUGCAGAAGGAUUUGCAAACUUGGAGGAGACUACUAAGGACUUCUCGCCAAUAUCUCAACCUGAUAAUGAUGCAGCAGGCCUUUCUAAUGCCUUCAGUUUUGAGAAAUCUUGUGAUCAUGGAAAACAGUCAACAUUCAGGCCCACAAACAGUCUUGAUUGUAGUAUCCAAACUUCUUCGGAGCUAGCUAAAUAUAAUGAAGGUGAGUACUUGGAUGAUCAGGAAAACGAACCUGAUGAGGGUGUGAGAUCCAUAGAGUUCGAGGCUGCUGAAGGACAAGAAGAGAUAAUAGAUGAUGAGCAGCUCAGAAACAGCAAUGACAAUGAAGACGGGUACUUGGAAGAUCAGGAAAAUGGACCUGAUGAGGGUGUGAGAUCCAUAGAGUUCGAGGCUACUGAAGGACAAGAGGAGAUUAUAGAUGACGGGCAGCUCAGAAACAACAGUGAUAAUGAAGACGGGUACUUGGAAGAUCAGUAUAAUGAACCUGAUCAAGGUAUGCAGCAGCUUGGACACAGCAAUGACAGUGAAGGCUCAGUUGAGGCGGCUGCUUCCGAGAAAACCGUCUCAAGUCCCAUAAAAGCAGUUCUAGAUUUUCAAGUUGCAGAACCUGCUGUUUUUGGUGAUGACAUCGCAUUAGAGGACAGUGAUGAAGAGAAGCGAGGUGAAGAACUUAAAGUUUUGUUUGCCACUCCUUGUGAUGUUUCACAUUCUAAAGAAGAAUCAAAAGCUUCUUUGGAAGGUGAUUCAAGGUUGAAAGAAAAUAAAGUUACUUUGGAUAAAGAGGUCAAAAAUAGAGAAAUUGAUGAGAAUCUCAACAGAAGGGGGCAAGCUUCUUCUACCACUGAUAACUUAAGUCUUCAAAGUUCUGUCCGUGAUUGUGAUGAACAUGGCCAAGGAGAAAUUUUGAAAAGUUUGUUUGCCACACCAUUUGGUGGUAGAAGCAGCAAGGUAGAAAUAGCAACUUCUAUCGAGUUGAAUGAGACAAGCAGUCAAUACAAGCACAGUUGCCUCGCAAAUGAGAACACUUUUCCCUCUGCUGGCAAUGGCUUGACACAACCUGUAACUCCUUUAAAGGACACAUCUAAAGACGAAGAAGCCGGAGAAGAGCUAAAAAGUUUGUUUGCUACACCUUUAAUUGUUUCACGAUCUAUUGGAGGCGAACCUUACCAUUUUCAAAGUCAAUUGAGUGGAGAAGGACUUGACUCCAGUGGAAAAAGAAAUCCGAGUGAACCUGUCGGUGGAUUGAUCGAGGACGAGCAAGAGAUGUCCAUUGUAACAGGGGAACACCUAAAGAAUCUAUCUGCCUCACCAAUCUCUGUGAAAAGCACUAAUGAAGAGACUACUUCUACCAAAGGAAAGUAUAGUCAGAGUCAUGAAAUGGAGACUUUUAGUUGCGGUGGAUUAGAAAGAAAUGUUGGUGAAUGUGAAGAUGGACCUGCUGGAGUCGACCAAGCUCCAGAAACCUCACAUAUUGCUUCUUUCAACUAUGGUGAUGAAAGUGAACAAGAAGAUCAACUGAAAAUGCUGUUUGCUUCAACCAUCAAUACCCAGCCUCUGAAUCAAAUGGAUGGAUCAUCAAGCAAGACAGAAGAGCUUUCUGCUCAAGGGCUCUCCCAUAACACAGGUUUAGCAGUUGCAAAUCCAAGUGCUGUGGAUCUGUCAGUGUCUGACAGCAUAGAUUCUAAACAAUCAGAAAACAAUAUUACAGUUGAGAAAAUCAAAGAAACUCCUGAGUGCAUUAAAGGAUCCAGUUCUCUUGAAGAAGAGAACAACGAAGGUCAGGGUAAUAUGCUGUCUGCAACAUCAGCUAAAAGCAUGACUCCAUUACGGAAAGAUGAGCUUUCUUCUCAAGAACCUAAGACAGAAGAUGUUGCAAUGUCGGGAGAAAUGGUUAGAGACCAAGGGAUGAAUACAAGACCUGAGAGCAGGGUUCAGGAAAUUGUUGACAUAGAGGAACACGGAAAUGAUGAAAUAGUGGCUGACAGGGAUUUGUUGCUAAGAGAUACCUCUAAAUCUCUGGAAGAAGAUGUCGAUGUUGAAAUUGCAAACCAAAGCACUUCUGCUGUUAUUUCAGAGCCUACAUUCGACGAUGCUGAUUUUUCUGAAGAGCAAAUGCUGGAGAUUAAUAAGAGUAGUCCUGAGUCCAGCAAACCAUCUGAUGAUGUCUACAAUGAAGAGAAUACUGAAGAUCACUUGAAACUGCUGUUUGCUACACCAAUCAAAGGAACAAGUCCGUCCAGAUUGAGUGAAGCUUCUACUUGUCAAUUGAAGACAACAAUGAUUACAAUUGCUUCUGAAAUGGUUGGUAAGGAGCCUAAGUGCAAAGGGUUUGAAUUUUCUGGAGAGCCACUAACUGUGGAGAUCAUUGAUGGAAGUUGUGAGAGUAGAAAAGGAUCUUGCUUACUCAAGGAGAAUGAAGAACAGUUCAAACGAGGGGCUUUGUUUGCUACACCAUCAAAGAGUGCAAGUCCACUUCAAUUGGAGGAAAGUUUUGGUUGCCUAUGGGAUACAACAGAAUUAGCUCUCUCGACUAAAGGCAUUGAUAGCAAGGCUAGGAACAAAAGUCAAGGCUGUCCUUUGGGAACCAUGGAAGCAAAAGAAAGUUGUGAACCUUCUAAAGACAGUGAAGCAUUGGAGCACAUUGAAAGUUCUCUUCAGGAGCCCGAAAUUGAGGAAGCAGUGGCUGGCAAGGAUUUGUUGCUAAUAGAUACCUCUGAAUAUCCGGAAGAGAAUAUUUAUGUUGAAAUUGCAAACAAAAACACUUCAGCUGUUAUUUCAGAGCCUGCAUGCGACGAUCUUGAAUUUUCUGAACAGCAAAUGGUGCUGGAGACCCAUAAGAGCAGUCCUGAGUCAAUCAAACAGUCUGAUGCUGUCAAUGAAGAGAAUAGUGAAGAUCAGUUGAAACUGCUGUUUGCCACACCAAAAAAAGGAACAAAUCCUUCCGGUCCCGAGUCCAUCAAACUAUAUGAUGCCAUCAAUGAAGAGAAUAGUGAUGAUCACUUGAAACUGCUGUUUGCUACCCCAAUCAAAGGAACAAGUCCUUCCAAAUUGGAUGAAGAUUCUACUUGUCAAUUGAAGACAGCAAUGAUUGCAACUGCCUCUGAAAUGGUUGGUAAGGAGCCUAAGUGCAAAGGGUCUGAAUUCUCCGGAGAGCCACUAACUGUAGAGAUUAUUGCUGGAGGUUCUAGUAGCACCAAAGGAUCUUGCUUGUUCAAGGAGAAUGAAGAACAAUUUAAAGGAGGGCCUCUGUUUGCUACACCAUCAAAAGGUACAAGUCCACUGCAAUUGGAGGAAAGUCCUUGCUGUGAGGAAGAUAUCUUUAAGGAUAUGGAUGGUGGUAAGUUCCUUAGCUCUCAGGAACAAAGUUUUGCACAGUAUGAAGGUCGUCAACUUCUUAAUGAAAUGAUAGAUGACACUGGUGAAGCUACACUCAAUUGGUUUCAAACAAACGAUGGCAGUGUUCUCAGAGAGACGGAGCUGGAGACGCAAAAAGAAAAUGAUUCUGUCCCUCAGUUCGAGCCCUUGCAUGAGAAAGGCGAAGUUACAGAAGAUGAUGCUCUUGCUGAGGGCCAGGCGCACGAUCGUCAAAUGACAUCUCAGGAAUCUCCAGAAGACGAAGCAGCAAAAGGUGGUUCUGUUAGUGAUGCAGUUUGCCAACAACCAAACAUGCUUCUAAGUGACACUGAAACUGAGAACAUAACUCAGGAGAGCUUAAGGAAGACUGAUGGCACUUCUAUUAGUGCUGAGAGUGGAAUUCUUGAUUUUGAUGCUGAAUCCACUACAUUAAGAAGUCAGGAAAAGGUUAUCAUCACUUUAGAGGAGACUAGGGGAGAUGAAGAACAAAACCUAGAAGUGAGAAAUACCAGUAAUGCUUUCCAAUACAACAUUCCGAAUAAUGAUGAAGAUGCAAAAGAAAUCUCAAUAGUUUGGCCUGCUGAUAAGCAGUUCCACUUUCCAGAACAUAAUGUGAUAGAAAAUGUUGCAAGCACCAGGGAGUUUACUGCUUCAACAAUUGAAAGUCAAUAUGUUUUUAAGGAAGUUGAUCUUGCUGUUCAGAGGGACAGACUUACCGUUUUUGAAUCAAAUGAGAGCACGUCUAUGAAUGUUAAGGAUUCAGUUCUCACCACACAAAUGGACCUGCCUGGAAUAUUAUGUGAAGAGGCUCAGAGUGAAAGUGAUCAGGGGAAGUCCUGCGAGGCUAAUCAACAGGACGAGUUUUCUUUUGAUAAAAAGGAGCAUGAAACAACAGAACCUGUGGUAUCACCCUCUUAUAAAUCUCGUGCAAACAUUAGCUUUAUUGAGGAAGGCUUUGCUGGUGAAGAUACCUUGAUGUCUGAGAAAAAAAAUUCCUUGGCUGAAAAGAAAGAACCAUUUACCCCAGCAGGUGUAGCUAAAACAUCUUUGGCGGAGCACUUGAAUUCCACUGUUAAAAAGAAGAAUGUCAGAACCAUUCUGAUACAUGGAACCCCAAACAAACAAUCCCAGAAAGCUGACAUGAAAGAAAAUGAUCCAAAUGUGAAGGGUAAUAUUGGCACUUUAACAGCAUUAAGACCAGAAAAGAGGCGUGCUCUGCAAAUCCUACCAUGGAAAUAGAAGAAACAUUUCUGUAAUUGUUUUCAUUUUUCUUCUUCUUUCGUUGGUCUUUUAGUUGAUGGCUAAGCAUAUAUCUCAUGGCCUAUAUUAAUGUUACAUGAGAUAAAAACCAGCAACUUUAGUUUUUUGUUUUUGUAUUUGUUUGUGCUUGAAGGUGGUGAGAACUAAACGAUUGUAAUUUUAUCAUGUCUAUUAUUUCAUGGGUUUGAUUUAAGUAACUAAGUUUCAACA